AAUCAAUGGUAUCGCGAGAAUGAGAUCAGCGAUGCGGAUAGUAGCGCUGCCACAGCUUCGCAUCAACAUUUCAACGAGACACUAGGUCGAGCUUAUGAAGCUAUGUUUGCUCGAGAAGAUGAGAAAAAUACGAAAGCAUCGGAGCAGCCCUCGGCUGUUGCUACUGAUACGAAGACGAACCGAUUUGAAGUUCUUAGCAGCUUGAUCGAGCAAGAUCAAGACGAUUUCAACGUCGAGCCUUGCAAUGGAUCCGCUCUGCCGGACGCAUCUGACAUCGAACGAUCGACGAUCAAAGACAACCUACUUCAAGAUGUGCUCGAUAUUCGUCUUUACGUCUUGGAAAUGGACUCCAUUUGUACUGCUGUCAAACAGUACUGGUGUCAGGCUGCUAUGGGAGCUAUCCCGCUACCGUUCGCUGCAUGGCUGCCGAACGCUGGCUACUAUGCACUCAAGAACAUCGCCUCCGUCUACUCACCUGCUAUUGGAGGUCAUCAAGGACUACUAGAGCGUUAUAUCCUCAAGGAAACUGGCCUAAUGAUUCGUGGCAUUAACGUCGCUGAGGAAGAAGCACGCAGAUCUAGCCAAGAGCCUCUUUACCAACAAUUCUCAAAUGGCCUCGGACUAGUCACGCCAGCACAUCAACUACGAACUUUCCGGGCCACAAAGCAGAAAGAUACUGCCUUUAUGGAAGUUGUGGAAAAGCAGCCUAUCCAAAAGUUCUUCUUGUCCGCUCGCGAAGAAGCACAUCAGCAAGAGAUGUUCAUGCAAAUAACGGAGAUGACGGUCAGCAACACAUCUUUGACGACGUUACCAGAAGACGAAGCCUCGAAAGUCCUGCAACUAGCCGAUCAACGACAAGCUAUGGAUAGAAAUGCGAUUGGUUCUAUCCUACGAAGCAUCAAACAGCUUUCGCUCAUAGUCGGAGAGAAGUACGGCGUUAAACGCAAAGAGAUGCAGAUUCUUCUGCCCGAGGUCCGCAACUAUCUCCAAUCAAGAUCUCGUGACUUCGCAUAUACGCCCAUUGUAUUUGGGGUGCAACUCAUGCUAGAGACAUGCAAGAACUUUGUCUGGAAAGACGAUGUUCCAAACAAUAUCAAUUGCCGGAUCAAAGCCCUUGUAUUUCCCAAAGAAGUCAGGGAUGCGAUUUGUGAAAUCCGCAGGCCUGAAAUAACAGACAGCCACACCCAGGCUAUGGCGACUAGGCUGUACAAUUUGGCUGGAUGGCUCUAUGACUAUCUGAAAGAAUCCCGUUUCGAUAUGUUUUACCAAACCUCGUGGGUAGCCGGCCGUCAUAUGACCAUGAUCCUAACGCUGUCGAUGGAGGCCGGAUCGUCUCUCUGUAACGAACGUGGUGCCUUUGGAAUAGUUCUGUGGAUGUACAACAUCCUUCGCUAGCUGACGGAUACCUGCCCAAAGAUUGAGUUCUUAGAGAAGCUCUGCGACAUGUUCGUCGAGCUAGUUUUCCUUAGCAGCCGGC